AGUUUCGAUUUUAGUAUUUCAAUUCCAAGGCUAUCGUUCACGUCAGGCAAUUAUUCUGUUCUACUGAAGAGCAUUUUCUACACAAAAGAGUGUUCAAUAUUCAGCAGUAUUGCAGUCAAUUACUUCAUCGCAUCGAUUUUUUUGUUGAAGCAAUACAAGUGUUGUACGAGCGAAGCAAGUUCACUAGACAUUCUUGAACUCCUUCUUUUCCAAACGGCGCAGUUGGCAAAUAGUGUGUGAGAGAGCAGCAAACCCGAGACGAUUCGUGACAGGAAACAGCUGAACAGAGUCAAUUGGAAGAUGUCCGAGGUUCACUUUGACGAGUACGAGCACUACAAUUUCGAUCACGAUAAGCACAUCUUUUCGGGACACAGUGGCAAGCAGAGAUCCAAGAAGGAAGCCAGCACGCACACAAACCACUUCGAUCCCAGUGGCCACUCGAGGAAGUUGCUCACGAAGAUGAUGAACACUGAGACCAAUAAGAAGGAAUCUCCAGCGGCCAAGAAGAACUGAAUUCGCGCAGCAUUUGCUGAAAAAGUUUAGUGUGGCAAACCUGAACACUUGAACGUUUUUUUUCUCCUUUAUCUCUUUAUAUGUUGUGUCUUUCUUCGCCCAACAAAUAUUCCACUUUAUGUACUCUUCUCUUGUGUGAGUGUUAAAUAAGCAAAAAUAAGCCCCAGGGUUAAGCAAAAAAAAGCUAAAUAAACAAGUGAAAAAGAGAAUUAUAAAAAUAAUACAUAACACCGUGUGAGAUAAGAGUGUGAGUGCGAGGAAGUGCGCAGUGCUCUCCUGAUUCUCGCAGAACCGGAGGAGAGGCCGCGGCAGAAAUGGCGAGCAAUCUUGUAAUACCGGUCAUGUGCACUCCAGCUGAUUCUGGAGUGGGGCUCACGGCGGCGCCAGCUGACGUGGAGCCAAAGAGUGCGGAGGAGCACUACACCGGGGGCCUGGUGGCCUCCAUGCUCUCCCGGUGGCUGCUCAGCCCUACCUUUUACGCCAGCGUCCUGCACCACCAGAAGUACCGGCCGCCCAGCACCUCAUCGGAGUGAGGCCAGGGCGCCAGGAUCCACCGCGGAUCCGCGGGAGCGCGCCCCACCUCGCCCACCAUCCUCAUCAUCCCACACAUCUACUCUAAAUCUAUUUUGUAAGACAUGAAUUGCUGUGUUUAAUUGUAACUUACUAUAAUUAUUCUCAGAUAAGUUGUUAGAAGCUAUAUGGAAUAAUAACACAUUUAUCGAGUUAAUGACUAAAAGUAAUGAAUACAAGUGAAAUAAAGCUAGAUUGUAAAUGAAAAACAACCAAUAAAUGAAUUGAUAGAAAAA